AUGAAUCCAAAGGACCAAUCUGUAAACAUGUUUGUCUCCAAAAGCCCGGAUGUCGACCCUAUACAGAAAACUGACGAGAGUCUGGAGAGGAAGCUAAACACUUCACAGACCCUGAGUCAGGCAUCAUCUUCAUCAUCUGGAAGCUCUAGGAGGCCCCCACCCAGUAGCUGGAAACCCUGGGAGAGGAGGCCCCCACCCAGUAACUGGAAACCCAAAGAGAGGAGUCCCCCACCCAAGGAGUAUCUACCCAGUAACUGGAAACCCAAGGAGAGGAGGCCCCCACCCAAAAAUAACUGGAAAUUUGAAGAGGAGAAUCCCAGUAACUGGAAACCCUGGGAGAGGAGGCCCCCACCCAGUAACUGGAAACCCUGGGAGAGGAGACCCCCACCCAGUAACUGGAAACCCUGGGAGAGGAGACCCCCCACCCAGAAACUGGAAACCCUGGGAGAGGAGGCCCCCACCCAGUAA